CUUCCUCAACAUUUGGCCAGGAUUCCCCCGGAUUCUGUCAAAAUUUGCUCUGGAUUCUAACAAAAUUUAUGUCAAAUUUCUAAAAUUUCGCUGUAAAAGGUUAAACAAAUAAUUGAGAUAAACUUAUGUAAAUUGAUGAAAAAUGUUAAGAUAAGUUUAAGUUGAUGGCAGUACCGAAGAGUAAAAGAAGUAAAAGUAAAGUGAAACAAAGAACAAAUAUAAUUUUCUUUGACCAACUCUGCGGGAACUGGAACCGACGACGCGAAUGGUUUUAUAGAAGAUUGAGGAUAGAGAAGUAUCUUCCGAGUACUUGUGAUCCUAAAUUUACGCUCAACAGGCCCGUUCUUUUCCCCGGAUUCUGGUCAACGUUUCUGAUGACUAAUUUGAAAAAGUCACUAAAGUAA